AUGUCUACAUUUGCUGAGUUCGUCCCACCUCCUGAAUGCCCGGUUUUUGAGCCGAGUUGGGAGGAUUUCUCUGAUCCUCUGGGAUUUAUCAACAAGAUCCGACCCAUUGCAGAGAAAACGGGCAUCUGCAAGAUCCGACCCCCCGAGGACUGGCAGCCUCCGUUCGCCUGCGAUGUACGCAACUUCCGCUUCACUCCUCGAGUGCAAAGACUGAAUGAACUUGAGGCCCUCACUCGGGUUAAGCUCAACUUUCUGGAUCAAAUCGCAAAGUUCUGGGAGCUGCAGGGAUCCAAGAUACGAUUCCCUCAUGUGGAGAGGAAGAUUUUGGACCUCUAUCAGCUCAGCAAGAUUGUGUCGUCCGAAGGCGGCUUUGAGACGGUGUGUAAAGAGAAGAGAUGGUCCAAAGUGGCCAGCCGAAUGGGCUUCCCACCCGGGAAAGGCACCGGCUCUUUGCUGCGCUCCCACUACGAGAGGAUUCUUUACCCCUAUGAGCUCUUUCAGUCUGGAGCCACACUAACUGGCAUCCAGCGGCUCUAUGACGAGGGUGAUGAUGGCGAGGAAGUGGACGAAGGAGUUGGCGAGGAGGCAGUGGAAGAAGAGGAGCAAGAUGAGGACGAGGAUAAAGAGAAGGAGAAAGAAGGGGAAGGCGAUGCGACGCAAACCAAAGAGCGACUUCUGCCUGAGAGACGGUCCAGGCGCCUGAAGUCUGAGAGAGAAAACAAGGAGCCGAAAGGCCUCAAAAUCUUCAGCACAAGUCCGAAGAUGGUGGGCUUGGAGAUCGUGUCAGCUGAUGACGGAUACAACAAGAAGCAGCGUCACCUCAAAGCCCAGGCCUUCGCCAUCAAAAUGAGACCACGGAAGGAGACCCUGGAGGUCAACUUUAUCGACCUCUACCUCUGCCUGGUGUGCGGCCGCGGUGACGAGGAGGACCGGCUGCUGCUGUGCGACGGCUGCGACGACAGCUACCACACCUUCUGUCUGAUCCCGCCUCUACAGGAUGUGCCUAAGGGGGACUGGCGCUGCCCAAAGUGUGUUGCUGAGGAGUGCAGUAAGCCCAGGGAGGCAUUCGGCUUCGAGCAGGCUGUGAGAGAGUACACUCUCCAGAGCUUCGGAGAGAUGGCUGACCACUUCAAGUCUGACUACUUCAACAUGCCUGUACAUAUGGUUCCCACAGAGCUGGUGGAGAAGGAGUUCUGGCGCCUGGUCAGCAGCAUUGAGGAAGACGUCAUCGUAGAGUACGGAGCUGACAUCAGCUCCAAAGAGGUGGGCAGUGGAUUUCCUGUCCGGGACGGCAAGAGGAGGCUACUGGGAGAUGAAGAGGAGUAUGCCAACUCAGGCUGGAACCUGAACAACAUGCCAGUGCUGGAGCAGUCGGUGCUCACCCACAUCAAUGUGGACAUCUCGGGUAUGAAAGUGCCCUGGCUUUACGUGGGCAUGUGUUUCUCCUCUUUCUGCUGGCACAUCGAGGACCACUGGAGUUACUCCAUCAACUUCUUGCACUGGGGAGAACCGAAGACUUGGUACGGAGUGCCGGCGUCUGCGGCAGAACAGCUGGAGGCCGUCAUGAAGAAGUUGGCUCCGGAGCUGUUUGACUCCCAGCCCGACCUCCUCCAUCAGCUGGUCACCAUCAUGAAUCCCAAUCUCCUCAUGGAGCAUGGCGUCCCUGUGUACAGGACCAAUCAGUGUGCGGGGGAGUUUGUGGUGACCUUCCCCAGAGCCUAUCACAGCGGCUUCAACCAGGGCUACAACUUUGCAGAGGCUGUUAACUUCUGCACUGCUGACUGGCUCCCUAUGGGUCGUCAGUGUGUGGCCCACUACCGACGGCUCCACCGCUACUGCGUCUUCUCCCACGAGGAGCUGCUGUGCAAGAUGGCUGCCGACCCGGAGAGCCUUGACGUGGAACUGGCAGCCGCUGUGUUUAAGGAAAUGGGAGAUAUGAUGGACGAGGAAACAAAACUGAGACAGGCCAUUCAAGAGAUGGGGGUGCUGUCCUCAGAACAGGAGGUUUUUGAGCUGGUCCCUGACGACGAGCGCCAGUGCCACAAGUGUAAGACGACCUGUUUCCUGUCAGCGCUGACCUGUUCCUGCAGCCCCGACCGUCUGGUUUGUCUUCACCAUGCAGCAGAUCUCUGCGACUGUCCGCUCGGCAACAAGUGUCUGCGGUAUCGCUAUGAUCUGGAGGAGUUUCCAUCCAUGCUUUACGGGGUCAAGACACGAGCUCAGUCCUAUGACACGUGGGCAAAGAGGGUCACAGAGGCCUUGGCUGCAGACCAGAAGAACAAGAAAGAUCUUAUCGAGCUCAAGGUUUUGCUGGAGGAUGCGGAGGACAGGAAGUAUCCCGAGAACGCUCUGUUCCGACGCCUUAGGGAGAUGGUCAAAGAGGCGGAGACGUGCUCCUCUGUGGCCCAGCUGCUGCUCAGCCGAAAGCAGAGGCACAGCAGCCGUCUGCGUUCUGAGAGCAGCCGCAACCGCACCAAACUGACGGUGGACGAGCUCAAGGCCUUUGUGGAUCAGCUCUACAGACUGCCCUGCAUCAUCAGCCAGGCCCGACAAGUCAAGGAGUUGCUGGAGAAUGUGGAGGACUUCCAUGAGCGAGCCCAGGCGGCGCUGUCAGAUGAGAUGCCAGAUUCCUCCAAGCUGCAGGCGCUGUUGGACCUGGGCAGCGGCCUGGACGUGGAGCUGCCAGAGCUUCCGAGACUCAAACAAGAGCUGCAGCAGGCCCGCUGGCUCGAUGAGGUGCGCGUCACGCUGGCCGAGCCCCACCGGGUCACUCUGGAGCUGAUGAAGAGGCUGAUAGACUCUGGCGUGGGUCUGGCUCCCCACCACGCUGUGGAGAAGGCGAUGGCCGAACUGCAAGAGAUCCUCACUGUCUCGGAGAGAUGGGAGGAUAAGGCUCGUGCCUGCCUGCAGGCCAGGCCUCGACACAGCAUGGUGACCUUGGAGAGCAUUGUGCUUGAGGCUAGGAACAUUCCGGCAUAUCUGCCGAACAUCCUGGCCCUCCGAGAGGCCCUGCAGAAGGCCAAGGAGUGGACGGCCAAGGUGGAGGCCAUCCAGAGCGGCAGCAGCUACGCUUACCUGGAGCAGCUGGAGAGCCUGCUGGCCAGGGGACGCUCCAUCCCCGUCCGGCUGGAUCCGCUUGCCCAGGUGGAGUCUCAGGUGGCGGCAGCCCGAGCCUGGAGGGAGAGGACUGCUCGCACCUUCCUCAAGAAGAACUCCACGUACACGCUGCUCCAGGUUCUCAGCCCCCGUGUGGACAUCGGGGUCUACGGCAACAGCAAAAGCAAACGGAAGCGAGUCAAGGAGCUCAUGGAGAAGGAGAGGGGAGGCUUCGACCCCGACGCCCUCAGCGACCUGGAGGAGAGUCUGGAGGAGGUGAGAGACCCUUCCACUGUUGUAGCAGCCUUCAAAGCCAAAGAGCAGAAAGAAGUGGAGGCCAUCCACUCGCUCCGCGCCGCCAACCUAGCCAAGAUGGCCAUGGCCGACCGCAUCGAGGAGGUCAAGUUCUGCCUGUGUCGAAAGACGGCCAGCGGCUUCAUGCUGCAGUGCGAGCUCUGCAAGGACUGGUUCCACGGAGCGUGCGUGCCUCUGCCUAAGACGGGAUCCCAGAAGAAACUGGGCGUGGGCUGGCAGAGUAACAGCAAAGACUCCAAAUUCCUGUGCCCGCUGUGUCAGCGGUCGAGGAGGCCGAGGCUAGAGACCAUCCUGUCGCUGCUGGUGUCGCUGCAGAAGCUGCCGGUGCGUCUGCCAGAAGGAGAGGCUCUCCAGUGUUUGACAGAGAGGGCAAUGAGCUGGCAGGACCGAGCGCGUCAAGCCCUGGCCACAGAGGAGUUGUCCUCGGCCCUGGCGAAGCUGUCUGUGCUGAGCCAGCGCAUGGUGGAGCAAGCUGCGAGGGAGAAAACUGAGAAGAUCAUCAACGCCGAGCUCCAGAAAGCUGCAGCCAACCCUGACUUGCAGGGCCACAUCCAGACCUUUCAGCAGUCCGGUUUCAGCAGAGCCACAUCUCCUCGCCAGUCUGUGGACUACGACGACGAGGAGACGGACUCAGACGAGGACAUCAGGGAGACGUACGGUUACGAUAUGAAGGACCCGGGCGAGGUGAAGCCCUACCUGUUCUGUGACGAGGAGAUUCCCGUCAAGUCUGAGGAGGUGGUCAGUCACAUGUGGCCGGCCGCCACGCCUUCCUUCUGCGCCGAGCACGCCUACUCCUCGGCCUCCAAGUCCUGUGUGCAAAACCUAGGCACACCCAGAAAGCAGCCCAGGAAGACCCCCCUCAUCCCUCGCAGCCUGGAGCCGCCGGUGCUGGAGCUGUCCCCGCAGGCUAAGGCCCAGCUGGAGGAGCUCAUGAUGCUGGGAGACCUGCUGGAGGUGUCCCUGGAUGAGACCCAGCACAUCUGGAGGAUCCUUCAGGCCACACACCCCCCCUCGGAGGAGAGAUUCCUGCAGGUCAUGGAGCCUGACGAUUCUCUGAUGGAGAAGCCCCUGAAGAUCAAGCUUAAAGAUUCAGAGAAGAAGAGGAAGCGGAAGCUGGAAAGAGCCGAGCACCACCACAUGCUGAUGGCCGCCGCGGCCGCCAGCGGAGCCUCGGCGAUGGGGGAAAUCCGACCGGCCAAGUCCAAAGAACUGAAAAGGGUCGGCCUGGAACUGGGCCUGGGCGGCAAACCCAAGAAGAAGAAGCUGAAACUGAACCUGGACAAGAACCGGGAGAUGAAGCAGCUAGCCAAACGGUUAGCCAAGGAGGAGAAGGAGAGGAAGAGGAAGGAGAAGGCAGCCGCCAAGGCCGAGGCCAUCAGGGAGGGACUGGAGAAGAGGAAGGAGAAGAAGAUCCUCGACAUUCCCUCCAAGUACGACUGGUCUGGAGCUGAGGACUCUAACGACGAGAACGCCGUGUGCGCAGCCAAGAACUGCCAGAGACCCUGCAAAGACAAGGUGGACUGGGUGCAGUGCGACGGCGGCUGCGACGAGUGGUUCCACCAGGUGUGCGUGGGCGUGUCCUGCGAAAUGGCCGAGAACGAGGACUACAUCUGCGUGGACUGCUCCCGGAAGGCGGCCGGAGCGGGCGGCGGCGGCGUGACGCUGGUGGAGGAGGUGGCGGAGGAGAGCGUGGUGGUUCUGGCGGCGGCGUCGAGCCUGCCCUCGUCCGUCGUGGCCUCGUGGUCCCACGCUCCCCUGGCGUCUCAUCUAAACCCAGCGAGUUCACAUCAGCAGCAGCAGGAGCCUCAGCAGGGCAGUUAGCGCUCAAACAACGACCCAGGACUGAGUUUGAAUACUGUACCUCACACAACGAGCAUAACACAAAACCAGUAUCCAGGCUAGCAUCUCAACCUGUAGGACUGUGCAGCAUCUGACGGAGAGAAUAACCCUGAGAGAAUAAGAGUGGCAGAAGAGGGACAGUCCUGCGUCUGCCUGGAUUAUAGAGCACAAGAAAAUCUGGAACCCGAUCUCUCCGAGCACCACGACGUGCUGAGAAGGUUGUUGGUGGCACAGGCGAGAGUUAGUUACUUCCUCCUCCUCCUCCUCUUCUUCAACAAUAACAAGUCAUCGGUCCAAUUAACUCUACAGUCCAACACCCACUUACUCCAGCUGUUGUAGUCAGAGCAAACAGGCAAAUAAACAAUAAAGUUCUGUCCCCGGUCGUGUUUUACUGGACAUCGUGAACCGCUCCUCUCUGCCCUCAGCCCGGCCCCUCAGACAGUUAACAUCUCAAUAUGUAGGACUCCAGACUAGGAAAAACAAAUGGUUGUAAUGUAGUGGAAUUAUUUAUAAUGUACAUAGCUUUUAAGCAAUUAAACAAACGGAUUGUGGCUUUUUUUUUUGUUGUUGUUGUUUUGUUUUAUCACCUUUAAUAAACUAUUCCUAGUCAAAUGA